AUGUACGCGUACCAGUUUGUGUUUGUGCACACGUGGUUGCAGGAGUAUCUGACGGUGUCUGAGCUCAGCCAGAUAGGGCUCACGCGCACCGACAAUCUGCAGGAGUACUUGCUGGGCCAAAUUGUGGUGACUUGGUGCAGCGUGUUCCAGCUUAAGAUGUUCUCUCUGAGCGGAGACUCCGUCAAGGACACCAGUAUCGAGGCCAAACUAAGGGCAUUGAAGGCCUUCAAAGGGGUCUCUGCAAUCCGCUUGCUCAAGCGAUUGGCCAGGUACGUUGCAGGUAGUCGUUAA